AAAAAGAAAAUUACAUAUCACCCAUCCUUACCUAAACAAAAAGUUUCUCCUUAAAAUUUAACCCAUAAAAAACAGAGUGGUGUCGGGGUUUGUGUGUGUGGGAAGAUGUCUAGCAGAGGAGCAGCCAGCAGCUCUGGGGGCCCCCAACUGGGGACUUCAGAUUCAUCCAAGAGGAUUUCCAAGAAACCCAAAUAUUCUAGGUUCACACAGCAAGAGCUUCCUGCUUGCAAACCAAUUUUAACACCAGGAUGGGUCAUUGCAACUUUCAUCGCUGUUGGCAUUGUCUUCAUACCGAUAGGCCUUGCUUCUUUAUUUGCAUCACAACGUGUUGUGGAAAUUGUGCACCGCUACGAUGAAGAAUGUGUUCCUCCUAUUUUUAGCGGCGAUCAGCUUGCCUUUAUUCAAAGUAGUAUCACUAACAAGACGUGUACUAAGAAUUUCACUGUUCCAAAGCAAAUGAAAGGUCCCGUCUAUGUCUAUUAUCAGCUUGAUAACUUCUAUCAGAAUCAUCGUCGAUAUGUUAAGAGUAGAAGUGAUAAACAAUUGCGAAGCAAAGCAGGUGAACUUGAUAUAAGUACCUGUAAACCUGAAGCUACAACAGGAAAUAACUCUCCAAUUGUUCCUUGUGGCCUUAUUGCAUGGAGUUUGUUUAAUGACACAUAUGGGUUCUCAGUGAAAAACAAGGUGCUAAAUGUCAGCAAAAAGAACAUAGCUUGGAAAAGUGACCAAGAGCAUAAAUUUGGCUCUGAUGUCUAUCCAAAAAAUUUUCAGAGUGGAGGUUUGAUUGGGGGUGGCAAACUAAAUGCGAGCAUACCUUUGAGUGAACAAGAGGAUCUUAUUGUUUGGAUGCGAACUGCGGCACUGCCAACUUUUAGAAAACUAUAUGGGAAGAUAGAGACAGACCUUGAAGCUAAUGAUGAAAUAACAGUAGUUAUACAGAACAACUACAACACCUAUAGUUUUGGUGGCAGAAAGAGGCUGGUUCUUUCAACCACAAGCUGGAUUGGCGGCAAAAAUGAUUUUUUAGGAAUAGCAUAUCUUACUGUUGGUGGAUUCUGCAUUUUCUUGGCUAUUGGCUUCUUACUUCUCUAUGUGAUCAAGCCAAGGCCUCUUGGGGACCCAGCCUUCUUGUCUUGGAACAGAAACCCAUCAGGAAUAAUGAAUUAGGCUUAACUUUUUAAGAUAUGCUCUAUCUCUCAUGUGCUAAUGUUUUACUAUUAAUGUUUUUACAAGGCUGAGCCUAAUUUAUGUUUGCAACAUUCUAAUUUGAGUGUAUAGAAAGCCCUGCUGUUAUCAAUAUUUAUCUUUUUUAGUUAGCAA